AAAUUGUGCAUUAAUUUACUAUCAUUCAAUUUUUUAGGCCAUAAGCACUUGGUUUGUUAAGUUCUUUCCAACCAAUACAAAAAUAUUAAAUAGAUUGCUUCUUGUUCUCUGCAUUUCUUGAUAUUGUGUUUCAGGUUGCUGAACUUGGAGAGUCUGCUGCAAUGGACAACAACUCUAAUGGCGGCGGCAAUGUGUUCCAACUAAGAGUGAAGCAAGGAGAGCCAACUCUGGUUUCCCCUGCAGAGGAAACAGAGAAGGGUUUAUACUUUCUCUCCAACCUCGACCAAAACAUUGCGGUGACUGUUCGUACUAUUUAUUGCUUCAAGUCAGAUGACAAAGGAAAUGACAAGGCAGGAGAAGUGAUCAAGGAUUCUUUGAAGAAGGUUCUUGUCUACUAUUACCCUCUUGCCGGGAGACUAACAAUCAGCUCAGAGGGAAAGCUCAUUGUAGAUUGCACUGGUGAAGGAGCUGUUUUUGUAGAGGCUGAAGCAGAUUGUAGAAUUGAAGAUAUUGGAGACAUAACAAAGCCUGACCCUGAGACUCUUGGAAAGCUGGUUUAUGAUGUUCCUGGUACCAAGAACAUACUAGAGCUGCCUCCUCUGGUGGCUCAGGUGACUAAAUUCAAAUGCGGAGGGUUUGCUCUAGGCCUGUGCAUGAACCACUGUAUGUUUGAUGGCAUUGGCGCUAUGGAAUUUGUGAACUCAUGGGCUAAAAUUGCCAGAGGUUUGCCAUUGACAGCGCCUCCAUUUUUAGACAGAAGCAUACUCAAAGCACGGAACCCACCAACUAUAGAGCACCUGCAUCAAGAAUUCUCAGAAAUUAUUGGCACUUCCAGCACCAGUAAUGACCUUUCUGAAGAAAAAAUGCUAUACAGCUCCUUCUGCUUUGACAGUGAGAAGCUUGAAAAAGUGAAAAUGAAAGCCAGGGAAGACAGGGCUCUUGACAAUUGCACUACAUUUGAAGCUCUCUCAGCAUUCGUGUGGAAAGCUCGAACCAGAGCUCUAAAACUGUUGCCUGAACAACAAAUAAAGCUCCUAUUUGCUGUUGAUGGGAGGCGUAAGUUCAGCCCACCACUGCCAAAAGGGUACUUUGGCAAUGGCAUUGUGUUGACAAAUUCCAUCUGCCAAGCAGGUGAUCUGCUGGAGAAGCCACUGUCACAUGCAGUUGGGCUGGUUCAAGAUGCAAUUAAGAUGGUCACUGACAGUUACAUGAGAUCAGCCAUAGAUUAUUUCGAACUGACAAGAGCUAGGCCUUCUUUGGCCUCCACCCUCUUGAUCACAACUUGGUCUAGGCUGUCCUUCUACACAACUGACUUUGGCUGGGGAGAGCCUAUACUUUCAGGUCCAGUGGCAUUGCCUGAGAAGGAAGUCAUCUUAUUCCUUUCUAAUGGGACAGAAAAGAAGAACAUAAACGUGCUUUUGGGUCUUCCAGCUUCUGCCAUGAAGGUGUUUCAGGAACUGAUGAAUAUCUAGACCAACAACAGCAAUAAUGAAUUAUUUUUCAAAAACUCUUGUAUUUCCAAAUUAUUGUUACUUGUUGUAAUAUUAUUAUUUGAUGUGGACUACUGCUAUGUGACUGGUCAAAACAAAAGUACGCAGACAACUUAUGUAACACAUGUGCAUGGUAUUAAUGAUGGAUUUUAUUUGCUUUGUGGGAGCUUAACUUAA